CAAACUUCCACCUACCACAACCUGACCAGCUAAAUGUAGGGUUGUAGUCUCCAUAGUGACAAUCUCAGAGAUAUCCUUUUACGGAAUUUUUUCAUUGGCUAAUGCAAAGAGAUUUUUGUCUCCCACCUUUCCCCUCCUGGGCAAGUCAUCUGUAGGGUAUCGCAGUACAAACGCGGUUGACCAAGUAAAUAUAAAUAAAUCUAACCAAUUUACGAACCGUCAAUGUGAUAUGCAUUCAAUUACGGGGAACAAAAGAUCAAAGCAGAAUGAAACCUGUUGUGAUCAAACCAUCAUUCGAAAUUCAGCACGCAGCGGCCGGGAGAUACCAACUUGGAACCAUCGAGCGAUGUUUUCAUCUUCCUAUAGAGACGCUGUUAAGCUCUAGGGAGGGGGCUAUCGCUCUUCUCCAAUACGGAGAGAUUUUACGGACUAUCCCAAGCCUGUGGAGACUCCCACGGCGAUGUGAAAAUUGGACCUUGCGGCACGAAAUGCAUAUCUCAUUGGAGGGUGAUCGGGCCAUUGUGGUCUAUGGGUUUAACCGCAUCAAUAUGCCAGCAGAGGCGUUACGCAAUUCCUAUGUCGGUAGGAUACUUCUGAACUCAAAUAACGGUAUUUGGGUGACUUUGGCACAGGCCCUCUGUGCUGGGGUUCGAAAGAAUUGCCGCCGCAUUGUUACUCGUAUGACCUGGAGGAUACGUCGGUUUUUGUAGGGAUUAGGGAUGAUGUAUGCAGCUUAGAGGCAAUCGUAAUCGCAGGCCUAGAACUUGUUCCAUGGGAAAUCUGCGAGACCAUCUAAUGCUGGCUACUCGGGGGUAUAAUCGGACUUUGUCUGAUAUUGUCAAUAAGCAGAUUAUAAGGACCAAGCAUUGCUCAAACUCUCACCGCAUGUUCU